UCUAAAAUUGUAAUAAAUGUAAUACUCUACUUAUUUCCUAAUAAUUUGGUGUAUAUAAAUAUAGCUCCUAUAUGGGUGGUCACAGAGUUAGGAAUCAGGAACCAAUGUCCUGGUCAGACGAGAAUGAACACACUUUCAUCGAAAUUCUUUAUGAGAAAGUGAAAUCAAAUGUAUUGCAAUGUUCAACAUUCACGAAAGACGAAUGGGGUAGGAUCAAUGAAAACAUGAUAGCUUCAACAAAAAUGGAUUACGGGAUAGAUAGAUUAAAGGGAAAGUGGAACCGCUUACGUAAGAUUCAUCGCAUGUUCUCUGAACUUUUGGGACAUACAGGGGUUACAUGGGAUCCAAAUACCAACAAAGUUAAUGCUGCUGAGGAAGUUUGGCAACACUUUUAUACGAUUAAUAGGUCGGAUUACAAGAUGUUCAAGAGGGAAGGAUGUAAGCACUACCACACUCUUGGGGAGAUAUUUAGUGGGACUACAGCUACUGGAGGAUUAUGCAAAGCCUCCACUCAGCUUCCAAACACAUCAGAGGAAGAAAGGCAACUAGAAAAUGAUUUUUUGAAUAGGGGAGUGCAUGUACAUGCAGAGAAUGAUGAUGAAGUCGAUGUGGUUUCUGAUACUCGUCGAUGUAACGAAAUUGGUACAUCAGGUGAACGACAACGUAAGGAACCUAAGAUCAGUAAAAGUGAUAAACUUGAGGCAUGCAUGGCACAAUGGUCAUCUACAGUUAGUAUGAGGAAUGAAGAAAUUGAACUUAGAAAACUUUAUCUGAAAGAAAAGCUUGCAAAGAUUCAAGGAAAAUCAAGUAAUCAGUCAGAUGUUGAAGUUAACAGUCCGGAUCCUUAUUCAAAUGUCAUUUGCAUGGACAUCUUAAACGAUAUUGAAAGGUUGUCUAAUGAGGUUUAUAUGAAAGCAAUACGGGCUUUUAAUGAUCCUAAUUUCAGGGUGUCAUUUGUGAAGAUGCCAGAAGUAAGGAGAGGACCUAUUUUGGAACUACUUUGAUGUGACUGUUGUUUUAAUUUUUCUAGUAACGUGUUGUUCUAAUUUGUGAUGUUGAAAUACUACGUUAAAGUGUGACUAUUGUUGUUCUAAUUUGUGAUGUUGAAUGUUGAAUGU